GGUGGCGGUACUGCAAGUUUAUCUCGCCUACCACCAUUUGACGUCACCAAGAAGAACUAGAAGAAGAUAAGGAAGCAGCCAUCGUGGCUAGGAGGACACUCAUUCAAGGCGACUCGAGGAACCAUGGAGCGGAUUAGAUCAGCGUUUCAAAGCAUGAUGAAGAGUGAGCGGUACAGCAGGUUCACGCUGCAGCCGUCUGAGAACAGCGAAAGGCACACCGAAGUCAACCUGUCAGACUACGCUGUGGAUGACGGUGCGGAGGCGCCCGGCUCUCCCAGCUUUAGGCCCGCGCCUCCACGCAACAGCAGGCGCACCGUUGCCUUAAUGAUCGUGGGAUUCCUCAUGAUUUUUGUCGCUGGCUACCUAGUUGGUUUCAUCAGCCAUCAUAAACCCAAGGUGGAGCCUGACUGCGGACAGGGGAUGAAGAGUGAAACCACGACUCCAGCGAAAGCCGCUCCGACGCAGGCUGUGCCCCCUCCAGAAGCCUCUCUAUCCUGGAAUGACCUCACUCGGCUCCUGAAAGGCAAACUCAGCAGCAACAACUUUGAACAGACUCUUAAGAAAUUUGAUGAGCCGACCCGGUCAGCAGGAAGUGAUCAAGAUAUGAAACUGGCCAAUGGGAUCUUCUCGACAUUCCAGACUCUGGGGAUGCAUCCUUGGACCGACAUCCAUUACGUUCAGCUGCAGAUGCCCAACAGCGAGAUGCCCAACACUGUUUACUUUGGUUCUGACGUCUUUAAACCUAAAGGAUAUUUGGCCUACAGCAAACCUGGCAGAGUCGAGGGCCCUCUGGUGUAUGGAAACUACGGCCGUCAGGAGGAUCUGGACUUUGUGCAGCGGAAAGUUAAUCUGAAAGGUUCUGUUCUGCUGCUGAGAGCUGGAAAGAUCACUUUGGCACAACAGGUGGACAAUGCUGCCAGGAUGGGAGCUUCUGCUGUUUUGAUCUACCUCGACACUGAAGAUUACAACGUGGUUACAGAGACUGAGCUCUAUGGACAUGUCCAUCUUGGUUCUGGGGACCCCUACACCCCAGGAUUCCCAUCCUUUAACCACACCCAGUUCGCCCCCACAGAGUCAGCUGGCUUGCCUGAAAUCCCAGCCCAGACCAUCACCGCCAACUCGGCUGCAGCUCUGUUGAAAAAAAUCGGUGGUCCUGACGGAGGCAGUGAUUUCAGGGGUGAGCUGAAGUCUGUGGCUUACAAUCUGGGCGGCACUCAGAACAUCACUGUUGAAGUGAACAACGUCUUGGUCAACAAGGAGAUUCACAAUGUGUUUGGAGUGAUCAAAGGAUUUACUGAUCCUGAUCGUUAUGUGGUGCUGGGAGCUCAGAGGGACGCCUGGGGGGCAGGUUACACCAAAGCCACUGUUGGUACUUCUGUGCUGAUCGAGCUGGCCAAGACGUUUCAUGAGAUGGUGGAGAAAGAUGGGUUCAGGCCAAAAAGAAGCAUUAUCUUUGCCAGCUGGAGCGCUGGAGAGUUUGGUAGCGUUGGCGCCACAGAGUGGCUGGAGGGUUAUAUGUCUUCGAUUGACCAAAAUGUCGUCACAUACAUAAACCUGGAUGGAGUAGUAAUGGGUCGCGAAAGUUUCAUCGCCUCCGCCAGUCCGCUGCUGUACAGCCUCAUGGAAAGCACCAUGAAGGAGGUGAAAAUGCCUCAAAAAGUGUCCUCAAUCUAUAAUGAAAUGGGAGCCCAGAAAUGGGAGACUGAAGUUCUCAGGCCCAUGUCGAUGGAGGAUCCUGCUUAUCCAUUCCUGGCUUUUGCUGGCAUUCCCUCCAUUUCCUUCCACUUCAUUUCAAAAGAUUUUAAGACUGCUUCGUACCCUUAUUACGGCACCGCCCUGGACAACAUGGAUCACCUGAAUUACAAAACCAACCACCGCACCAGCAACGUCACAGCUGCAGCAGCGCAGUUUGCCGGCCUAAUGACGCUGCGCUUGGUCCAUGACCACUUGCUCCAUCUGGACGUAGGCAGAUACUACGGCCCCAUCACCAAAUCUGUGCUCCAGAUCUACAAGCAAGUCAACCAGCUCACACAGGCUGGGAAGUUGAAGGAUGUCAGUCCUAGCUGGCUGAACCGUGCACGCGGCGCCUACAAGCGUGCAGCUGACGACAUCGCCAAUGCCAUCUCCAACACUGACAUGACUGAUAAUGAAGCCGCUCGUAUCCUGAACGACAGGAUCAUGAGGGUUGAGCACUCCCUCCUCUCCCCCUACGUGUCCGUAGUCGAGACCCCCUUCCGUCACCUGAUCUUCGGCCACGGCUCCCACACCUUGGCGUCCAUCGCCGAAGCCAAAGACCCUGAGUUGCUCCAAACCCAGCUGGCUCUGGCCACCUGGAACCUGCAGGGAUGCGCCAACGCCAUGGUGGGGAACGUCUGGGACAUCGACGACGAGAUCUAAAGCUGUAUACAGGAAUCCAUAUGCAUGUGUGUGAGAGAGAGCAUAAGGCUGCUUAAAGGUUAAUUAUAGUGCUCCCACAUUUAAAUACCUGAAGCACAAACUGACCAUCAGAGAUCCCAUCGUUUCUGAAACCAGGGUUUAUAUUUGAUUGGUUUUCUUCCUCUGAAUUUGGGUAAGAUCUACAUGAAGAGGGAGAAAUAAUACCUAAAAAAAAAAAAAAAAAAAAACUGUGAACCAUAAAAGAACACCUGAGGGGGGGGGGGGGAAUAAAAAAUGCUGUAAUCCCCUCCUCUCAUCAAACUCCACCCACACAAAGCCUCAAAGCACUGAAACCUUAUUUAUGCUUUAGUUUGUUUUUCAUAUUUAUCAGUGGCAGUGCCCACUAUAUUUAUUGUUUGUCUUUUUAUACAGCAUUAUCGGAAGCAGUGCCUUCCAUAAUUAUGACAGUUAUACUGUCGAAAGCCACAGCAGCAUCUGCUACAACAAUGACUCCCUUACUGUUGCUGAUGAAAUGGGAUCACCGGAUAACGCUAGAAUGACACUUUCCUGGCAUUUAUUUAUAGUUUUUCCAGAUUCAGAUCUCUAAAACCAUGAGAUAUGAUGCCAUUUUGGAGAGAAAUGAUUUUGAUAUAUUGCACUAAAUUUAAAACUGGGUUUUCCAAACUUUCUCUGAUACUUAAAGCUAAGAUUUAGUGUCAUAAUUCUGUGCAGAAUAAUCAGAAACUGCAUUUAAAUUUAGGAUAUAAUUUGUGGAGAAGCUAUUUGUGUUGCACAGUCGAAGUUGGAGCACUUAUCAGAUUGAUGAUGUUAUCGGGAGCAGUGCCUUCCAUAAUUAAACUCCAUUAUCGGGAGCAGUGUCUCCCAUAAUGACCAGUGACGGUAGUUUUUGCCUACCAUUUACUGUAUGUUUGUGUGUGUUUGUUUGUUUUGUGUGUAUUUAUCGGGAGCAGUGCCUCUCAUAUUUCACUUCAAAGGUGGAACAGCUUAUCGGGGACAGUGUUUCCCAGAGUUUUAUACUUGAAAUAUUCAUUUGUUGGGUUUAUUUUUUGGAUUUUCUGUGUGUUGGAAAACACUCCUGGACCUCCAUAGGUUAUGUGCAGCUGUUGCUUAUUUUUCUGUAUUAACCAUGUGUAGAUCUUUAAAUUUGUUUUACACUGGGUGAGCAUUUUUCUGGGAGAGGUGGGCAGUGGAUCACGUGGCAGUUUCUAACUUUUGGAAAUGUAAAGUUAUCAGGGCUUAUUGGAGUUUUUAAAAAGCGUCAAUGUUAGGAUAUGAAGUUGCACACAUGAAUUCGGCCUGUUAGAAAGAAUUUUAUCGCCCAUUAAAGACAUUGGUUGCAGAUUUUCAGUGUUCUAGAUCCUAAAGCUUGCAAGUAGCAGUUUCCUUUAUUUUAUGAAGGGAAAUAAUUCAAUAUUGCCAUUUCUAUAUUCAGACAGACAUUUUGCAACUGACAUGACUAAAAGUAACUUAAGAAUAAAAAACAUUGGGUUCUUUUUCCCUCCAUAAAUUCACAUGCAGAUUAAACCACAUAAGGAUCAAUGAUUUAAAAGGGUUUUUAAAGCAGUUGCCUGCCUCUCCCUUCUAUGAGAUUGAGUUAAACAGUUCAAACUCUGUUCUCAUUAAAUUGUGAUUGCUGAGCUGUGUGUUAGAUACUCUGUAUGUUCUCAUCUUUAGCACUAAAACCCACAUUAUCAGCCUCAUUAUAAACAAAUGUAUUGCUUCCUAAAAAAUGAAUAGCAAGCUACAUCUGAACUGUAAUUCAUUAGUCAAACCUCUGCAUGCAUUUGCCUUUCCAGAUACCGUUGCCUAAGUGUGUUUCAUGUUUUCCUUUAAGUUUAUUUCCAUAAAUGUACAUUCUGGCUGGUAAAAACAAAGCAAAUGUUCAUUGGUUCAUUCUAAUUCAUUUUACAGUCAGUUUUCCUUGUCACCUAUAAAGUGAAUUGGAUUUCUUUGAAUAGCCUCUAAAGCUCUUAUGAUUGGUUUUAUAUGAAAUCAAAUUUGAAAUCUAAUGUGGUUUCUAAAUUCAAAAUAAGAAUUUAUUAAACUCUUUGGCUAAGCAUC